UCGUCUCGACGGACUUGGCUGCUGGCUGUGCUCUGCUUUGCCGUCGUUCGUCCCGUGCUUUUAUCGUGUGUAAAUCGCGGAAGAAGUCUGCAUUUUGCAUCCAUUUUCAGUGUUACCCAAGUGCAAUUUAAGCGUUAAUCUACGUACGAUACACCGAAGUAGGGUGUAUCGGAGGAAUCAGUGUAAUUCGGUGGUAUUUUGUGUGGACAAACUCGCGUGUUUUGUAGGACAGAACACACCACCGCAGUGCUUUUUGACGUCGACAUCGCCGUCCGAUAAAGAGGCGAGCACUGUGUGAUUCUCUUGGACUUGUAAAAAUUUCUGCUGCUUUCAUUCCGUGUUGGUCUUGUGUUCGGACCGCGGGCAGAAUUUUCUUAUUUCGGUGGUGAAACUCUCGGUUCCGGACGAUGAGCGUCGAAGCGGAAACGGCCAAUUCGCAGGAGGAUUCCGCCAAAUCGGUGAACGGGUCCAACCUGCAGAAUGGAGUAAGCAACGGCCAUUCCGAGGGUUCCGGUGGCGGUGGUGGUGCGGCUGGUGGCACCAGUGAUGAUCGCCACAAGAGUCACAAAAGCUCCAGCAAGGACAAACACCGGGACAAGGAUCGGAGCCGCUCGGAUCGCGACAAGGACAAGGAACGAUCGAAGGAUAAAGAUCGCGAUCGGGACAAGCACAAGAGCAGCUCGUCCUCGUCAAAGGACAAGGAUCGCGACAAGGACAAGUCCAGCAGCAGUAGCAGCAAGAACAAGGAUCGCGACCGUCACAGCAGUUCGCACAAGAGCUCAAAAAGUGACAAGGAUCGCGACAAGGACAAGGAACGCUCGAAGGAUAAGGACAAGGACAAGGACCGGUCAAGGGACAAGGACAGGGAGCGGGAGAAGGAUAAGGAACGAUCCAAGGACAAGGAUCGCGAGAAGGACAGGAAGGAUCGCGACAAGGAGAAGUCCAGCAGCGGCAGCAGCAGUAAGGACAAGGAUCGCGACAAGCACAAGAGCAGUUCUUCGUCGUCCCGCGACAAGGACAGGGAUCGCGAGAAAGAUAAGCAUAAGAGCAGUAGCAGUAGCAGCAAGGAUAAAGACAAACAUUCCAGCAGCAGUAGCAGCAAGGACAAAGACAAGGAUCGAAAGGAUCGCGAUCGCAGCGACAAACAUUCGUCGUCGAAGGAUAAGGAUCGCGAGAAAAAAGAAAAGGUGAAAGAGGAACCUGUAGAGCUGAAGCAGGAAGUGCCGGAGGUGAAGCAAGAGGAACCGGCAACGUUUUUCAACGGCACCGCUAGCAAUGAGUCAUCGCAGGAUGUAUCAGUGUAUAAACCAGAGGAUCCUCUAUGCAUAUCCCAGGCUAGCUCGUGCGAUUAUUCUAUGUCUCAAUUCCGUCAGGAUGAGACACAGUUCGUCAUCAAAGAGGAAGCCUCCGAUCCAGAUCGCGAAGAAGAGGAACCAGCAGAGCGCGAGGAACAGCCAAGCCAACUGGAAGUCAAGCUUGAAUCGGAUUCCGAAGAUGAUGUUCCGCUGUCCAAGCGCAAGAAGAAGGACGACGAUGACAACUUUGAUGCCGGUAACAAGAAGAAGAAGAUAAAGACCGAGAAGAAGGACAAGAAGGAUAAGAAAAAGAAGAAGCGCGCAUACGAAUCCGAAGCGGAGGAACCCGAGGAGGAGCAGGAAGAGUACGAAGACGUGGUUGCUCCGAAGAAGAAGCAGGCAAAGAAAGUCAAAAAGGAGUCCAAGACCAAGGUCAAGACCGUGGUGAAGCAAGAGCCUGUCUCCAGUCCCCAGAAGGGUCGCAAGAAGAAGGUGGAAGAGGUGGAGGAAGUCUGGAAAUGGUGGGAGGAGGAAAAGCGCGAAGAUGGUGUCAAGUGGAACAAACUGGAGCACAAGGGCCCGGUUUUUGCACCACCGUACGAGCCCCUGCCGGACCACAUCAAGUUCGAGUACGACGGCAAGGUAAUGAAGCUGUCGCAGGAUGCGGAGGAGAUUGCCGGUUUCUACGCCCGCAUGUUGGAGCAUGAGUACACCUCGAAGGAUAUAUUCAAUGACAACUUCUUCAAAGACUGGCGCAAGUCGAUGACCUCGGCCGAGCGCGAUAAGAUCAAGGAUCUCAAAAAAUGCAACUUCCGGUACAUGUAUAGACACUUUUCCGAAAUUUCCGAACAGAACCGGAACCGUACCAAGGAACAGAAGCUGAAAAUCAAGGAAGAGAACGAAGCACUGAUGAAGGAAUACGGCACGUGUAUCAUCGAUGGGCACAAGGAGAAGAUCGCCAACUUCCGCAUUGAACCUCCGGGUUUGUUCCGUGGCCGUGGUGAGCAUCCGAAGAUGGGUAUGGUGAAGAGGCGUGUAAUGCCCGGGGAUGUGAUCAUCAACUGCUCGAAGGAAAGUACGUUUCCAAAGGCACCGGAUGGAAAUCGCUGGAAAGAGGUCCGUCAUGAUAAUACGGUCUCGUGGUUGGCGUCCUGGACGGAGAACGUUCAAGGUCAGGUCAAGUAUGUCAUGUUGAAUCCCAGCUCAAAGUUGAAGGGCGAGAAGGAUUGGCAAAAGUACGAAACCGCUCGACGACUCCUGAAGCACAUCGACAAAAUCCGAGACACCUACCGCGAGGAAUGGAAGAGCAAAGAGAUGAGAAUACGACAGCGCGCCGUGGCUAUGUACUUCAUCGAUAAGCUCGCGCUGAGAGCGGGUAACGAAAAGGACGAAGAUCAAGCCGAUACCGUCGGUUGCUGUUCGCUCCGCGUGGAACACAUCGAGCUGCACAAGGAACUCAACGGUAAAGAGAACGUGGUGGCGUUCGAUUUCCUCGGUAAGGAUUCCAUUCGGUACUAUAACGAGGUGGAGGUCGAGAAGCGAGUCUUUAAAAAUCUGGAACUGUUUAAGGAGAACAAGAAACCGGGCGACGAUCUGUUCGAUCGGUUAAACACCUCCGUACUGAACGAGCAUUUGCGAGAACUGAUGGAAGGACUGACCGCCAAGGUAUUCCGUACGUUCAACGCGUCAUUCACGCUGCAAAAUCAGCUGGCCGAGCUGACCGAUCCGGACAUGACCGUGCCGGAGAUGCUGCUAGCGUAUAACCGAGCGAACCGUGCCGUCGCCAUUCUCUGUAACCAUCAACGGGCCGUACCGAAGACGCACGAGAAGAGCAUGAGCAAUCUGAAGGAGAAGAUUCGUAUGAAGCACGAUGCGAUAGAUACCUGCGAGCGGGAAUUGAAGGACCUGAAGAAGAGCUCGGUUCGGGACAAGGUCGCCCGCGAUAAGAAGCAGAAACAGCUGGAACGCCUGAAGGAGCAAUUACAGAAGCUCGAACUACAAGAGACUGAUAGGGACGAGAACAAGACGAUUGCCCUCGGCACGUCCAAGUUGAACUAUCUCGAUCCCCGUAUUUCCGUAGCAUGGUGCAAGAAGUUCAACGUCCCGAUCGAAAAAAUCUUCAACAAAACGCAACGGGACAAGUUUCGGUGGGCCAUCGACAUGGCCGAUGAGACCUACAUAUUCUAAGCUCGAAAGUAGCGAUAUCCACCAAUCGUGGGAUAUUGUAAAAUUUACCCUGGCAAAUGUGUAUAAUGUUUCGUUUUUAGAAUCAUGAACCGUUUUUAAAACUUGCGUUCCGUUUUUAUUUCCCCCACGGUAGCUACCACUCCCAUUUUCCGUCUAGCAUGUGUAAUAACAUUGACUAUGUAGGUUAGUAGGGCAUAACACAGUAGUAGAAGAGGGGGAUCCCUCUUCCUCUUCCUAAUCAAUAGCGCCGUCAGUCAGACAUAUACAGAGUCAGAGAUAGAUAGAGAGAGAGAGCAGAGUAAAAUUCAAUUUGUAAAAAGUAAAUUUUUAUUUAUUUGAAGAAUAUAUAUUGAACGAUACAAAGUACAUACCCCUAGCGGGUUCGCUGGAAUUGGACGCGAUUUUCUUGUUUUAUUUUGUUCAGAAUCGUACCGCUCGCCUUCUUCCAUUGCUGGGAAGCAAGAUAGGUAGUUAGAAGUUUUAAAUGAUAGUUUUGUUUUUAAAGUGAAAUUUGCAUUUUCUCGAAGGGUUCUUGAAAAUACCUUUCCAUUUCAUCACUUCGUCCCCGACAAGGGGGGUCGAGGUUCAAACACAAAUACAUACCUACCCAUGCCAAGCGACUGGACAACAACAACUUUCGCUCUUUAUUUAUUUAAAUUGGUGAAAAACAGUUAAAGCCGAGAACACCCUUAGCUGACAUUUCCCUUUUUUACCUUGAAUUAAGUCAAUGUUUGUUUCAUACGUUUUCCCUAGAUUCUAGUAGCAGUAAAUUAAAUAAGUAGUAGCAAUUAAAUAAUAAUGAAAAAAAAAAGUGCAGGCGAGGAAGAAGACGCAGCAGCAGAAACUAAACGUACAGAGUGUGAUUUUUUGGUGGAAAAGAGAAGUUUUGAGCCAGAACAGUUUGGAUUUCCGUUGGCCAUUAUUGCGAUCCCAUUUUAAGGGAGGAAACUAAGAGUGAUUUGCUUUGUGGAAGGAAUGAUUUAAUCAAAUUAGUGCCGAAAAAAUCAAUCGAAGAUUAGAGAAAGCGUUAACUCAGUGGCAAUGAAGUAAUUGAUAAUGCAGAAAGGUAAACUUGGAAACAAACGUUCAUAUUUACAAAAGGCAGAAACCGUAUAUUCGUAGUACUAAAUAAUGUAGGUAUUAUUGAAAACUAUUAAUCACACACACACACACAGACACAAACAUACAAUACAAACAAAACAGAAAGGUCACAACCUUUCCUUACCCGUACCACUUGUAAUAGUAAGACAACUCUGAAAAAAGUGCAGUAAAUCGACUAGGUUUAGGCGAAAGUUUUAAGCAUUAAGUGAAAGAGAAACUCCUUAUCAAUAUAAAUAAAUAAUUAAGUCAUAGGAUUGACAACUCAAGAAGAUUGAUUCGAUAGGACGAUAAACAAAAGUAUCAGCAUUAUUGCGGACAGAGGGGAAACACUCUUGUACCGGUUUCCGGAAGAUCGUUCCCUUUAUGAAAGGGAACCUCCCGGAAGCCGGAUCUGCUGCGAUCCACGAAGCGGAAUGUACACAUACACACACACACACACACACACACACACACACACACACACACACACACACACACACACGCAAACACA